CGAACACGCAACCCAUGGCAUAAGGACCAAGUUUCAGUCUAACCAUCGCGGGGGCUCGCCCGACCGCGCGAAGUGUCAGUGAAGUGAAACAGAAGUGACCGUAUUGGAUCUUUUUUUUGAGUUGAUUUGGACUUGUUAUGGUCUUCGUGACAAACGUGGGACGUUGUAAUGAGCUCCAAAAGUGUGAGGGCUCCAGUGGCUGGCCAAGAAAAUGAGUCCGUGCACCUGGCCUACCACGCUUUUCUUUUUAAUAUGGUUAUGCAAUGACGUCGUGUCAAAACGAAACCACACGUUGAAGCCUAGAGUCGUACUUCCUGAAAAUUAUGUUAAAGAAAUACGACCACCAGCACGAAAAGGCCAGCCUGUUAUCGUCGAGUUCAGCAUCUACGUAGUCGAUGUCAACUCCAUCAACGUGGAGGAUAUGGAUUUUAGAGUGGACAUGUUCAUCAGACAGACGUGGCGUGAAAGCCGUUUGCAGCUGCCCGAAGACAUAUUCGAAGAAGGAGACGACCACGUGACACUUCCGCCAGAGUUCUUUGACAAUCUGUGGCAUCCCGACCCGUACUUCUUGAAUUCCAAAGUCACAGGAGGAGCGUUAUACUACCGGCAACCGUCGACCGAGAUCGCCGAGCUGACGCACAAAUUUUCUUCAGUGACCUUGUACAGGAACCAGACGGUGCGGUACGCGGCUCGGAUGCACGCCAUCAUCGCUUGCCAGAUGGAGUUCCAACUCUAUCCCAUGGACAUACAGUCGUGCCCUAUCUACAUCGAGAGCUUUUCUUACAGUAACCAGAAAGUGAGAUUCCGGUGGAGUGAAGCUGGGGUGACGAUAAAUCCAGAGCUAAAAUUACUACAGUACCACAUAGGAGAGCCUCUGAGACUGGAAGAAACGAAUGGAUAUAUGAUUGACAAGGACGGUAACUACUCGCGGCUGGUGGUCUACUUCAGGUUCGAGCGUCAGAUCGGUCACCACUUGAUACAGACAUUCGCGCCCUCCUCCUUGGUGGUCAUGCUGUCCUGGUUCAGCUUCUGGCUAGACCUAGACGCGAUCCCGGGCAGGGUCACUCUGCUGGUGACCUGUAUGCUGACACUGGUCACCAUGUUCACCGGCCUCCGUGCUGACAUCCCGCCAGUCGCUUAUGUCAAAGCUCUAGAUUUGUGGAUGGCCGGCUGUAUGAUGUUUGUGUUCGCCGCUCUGGGCGAGUUCGUGGUGGUGAAGGUGCUCGACAAGCAAUACCAGAUGAACAAGAGCAAGCAGGAGACAAUACCUAGGAUAAUCCCUGUGCGCCUCAAUGGUGAGAAAGGUUCCUGCGGCACGGUGGCAGCCUGGGACAGUAGCGGGGUUCGGUGCCGGAAGGUGGACCUGACGUCUCCCACGUCACCGCCGGCCGCGACACCGGCCGUCCACCCUGCGCCGGGCGCGCACAGCACACCGCAUCUCGUCGGCGUCGAGCGGAGGCAGAGCAUCUUACAGGUGGCCUGGUUAGACGCCGACACCGGCCAAGAGCGAGUGCUGUGGAGGGAGAUAGACAAGCUUUCCCGCGUGGUUUUCCCCGCGUUGUUCCUCCUAUUCGUGACCAUGUACUGGCCCGUACUGCUUCUUAAGACAAAGACGUCUUCAUAACGUUCAAAAGUUAUUGAAAGCCAUCAUUAUUGUCAAACGAUUAUAAUAAAAAUUAAAGUACCUACCUAAGGAUGGAUUGCACCAGUCAACUUUGACGAACGCAAAGUACAUCAUUUUAUCUUGACGACAAAGUUGACUGGUGCAACUAAAUGUAAGUACGUAAGUAUAUUAUUUUCCAAAAAAAAAAAAGUUUUAUGAAAGUCGUCUUUACCUACAUUGCUUAGUAUUUUUGGCUAUGUUAAAACUAAGCAUUAAGUAGAUUUACUAGCCUAUUCUAGGGCGGAACCCAAUCGGAACCACACCCUUUAAAUUCAUAGAAAAAGUAUUAAUUUCAAAGCCAUAAUAUUCAUAACACGUUUAAAUAUUGAUGGCUAUGAUGUUGUAUAUAUAUUUCAUCAACUUAAUAAAGAGCUUAUAAUAUUUGUUUAAAAAUAGGAAUUAGAUAAAUUUGCCAUUUUUUGUAUAAUCAGUAAUAACAUCGUUUGUCGUAUCAAUUGAAUUUUAAAAUUAUAACCUAGAUGAAAAAAAUACAAAUAUAGAUAUUUUACAAAAAUAAAUAUAUAUAUAUAUAUAUGAUUCAAAAGCACAAAUAAUUCAAAAUCAUUUUUAAAUCCUCAUACGAAAGUUAAAAACUAAAAUGAGUAUUGAGUAUCUAAAUAACUUACAUCAAAUCUAAAUAAAAAUAUUUAGUAAUUUUUAAAGUUGCCAUUUCAAUUUUUGCAAUUAAUUGAAAAUGUUUCAGACGUAAAUCGUAUGAUAUAAUAUAGAUAUUUUUGCAUUAGUGAUUUUAGUUUUUUAUGUUCGUUAAUUUUAGAUAUUGGUUUGGCAUUAAAUUUAUUACACGAGCGUAAGUAUUUGGCUUAAAUAAUAUAUUAUUAUAUUUAUAUAUAAUAGGUUUCGCUAAGCGUUAUGAGGUGCUGAUAGAAAAUUAAUUAGUGAGAUUGUUUCAGACUUAAUAUUAUAUUAAACCAGGCUAUUGUGAUUUGUAGGAAUAAUUCAAAUAAUAUAUUUAUUGAAAUUGUUAAAUAGCUUUCUAUUGUAAGUUAAUACAAACUUAUGACAACACAUUUUUAUUAUUAUAUAAAAUACUGACGAAAGGAAAGACUAGAAAUGUUGUAUUAAUUUCAUGUUGACUUUUUGUUUUUUUUUCUCUGUCACUUUCUUUUUACUUAUCGCUCCUGGGUAGAUUUAUGUCGAUAUAAAUCCAUGUGAUGGAGUUUUUUCGAAAUUUGAUAGGUAGUUAUAUGAUAUUAAUUUAAGGGUGCUUAAAAUCAUUAUUUUAUAAAUACCACUUCUCAUGACCAUUGUUCAGCUUUAAAUCAUUGUGAUAGUUUACAUAAUAAAAUAUAAAUACUUUAUAUAACUAUGUAAAUUGUAGAAGAUCAAUAAUAGUUACUUAACAUAAAAAUCACUUAAGAAAAUGAAUUGUUCAUAACAAUUCAUUUUCUUGUUAUAAAAGAACCAGAGGUUAUAAUAUAUAUAAACAUUUUUGCCUAAAACGUAAAUAUUUUGAAAUUAUAAAUUUCGAACUUGUACAUUCACAAAUAAAAACCCACCGUUUAAAAAUAUUAAAUUAAUAUUUUUUUAAUUUAUUUGUAAACUGGCUAAAAUUAAAUAAAAAAACAAAAGAAUAGGUUUUCACAUGUCUCAUUUACACUCAUUUUUACAUUAACUGAUCAUAAAAUCAUUUUCACUGUACAAAUUUUAUUAGAUCUACGAGUAGUGUAGUGAAACUUAUUUUCGGCCAUAAUUUAUUUUUUAUUUAUUGAGCGCAUUGAGGCGGUCAAAAAUCCUGUUUGAUUACAAAAAUUUAGAAAUGUUUAAUAAAAUAAAAUGAAGAUUUAA